AUGAAACUUACACAAGAAGAUAUACUUUCCAGAACUCAUGAAAAUAUGAAAAAAAUGGUUAGCGCUGAACAAGGAAAGGAGUAUUCUGUACAUUACGUCAAAAAUGCCUUCUGGAAAUUUCCAAAUCUGAAUAUUUACGAAGCAUGCAUUUCCGACCGUAUGCAUUAUAUCGACCUUAGACUUUUUAAAUAUCAACUGGAGUUUACGCAGGAAAUCUUAAAAAAGGUCAGAGGGUUGGAAUUACAGAAGAUUUUUGAUGAACGCCUUCGACAAAUUCCAUGUUUUUCAGGCCUUAAAUUGUUAAGUAAAGUAAGUCAACUAAAAGUAAUGACAGCAUCAGACUAUCGUCAUAUUAUGAAGAUAGUGAUUUUUGCUUUAGAUGAAAUUUUCAGCGAAGAAAAUGAAAUAACUUGUAAAGAACUUUGUGAACUUUACACGAAGUUUAAUAAAAUGUAUACUAUGAGCAGACAAGAAUCAUAUACCGAAAAUGAACUGAAUAUCUUUGAACAAUCAUUGAUUGGUGCAUAG